UACUUCCUCUAUUUCUCACUCUCAAACCUGAAAUAAACUUCGUCUAAAUUAUUAACCAACAGAUUUAAUUACUAAUUAUGGCAACAAUGGAUCGCGAUCGCGAUACCAGAGACCCAAGGCAAAUCCAUGUCCACACCCAACACGCAUCCCUUCACGCCGGCAAUGUAAGAGGUGCUGGCGGCGGUUACGGUAGUAGCACCGGAGGCGGUCCAACCGCGUCGCAAGUGAUUGCUUUGGUAACCCUUGUCCCUGUCACUGGCACCCUCCUCUUCUUGGCGGGCCUCACUUUACUCGGGACCGUCAUCGGGUUAUGCCUAGCAACCCCGGUAUUCCUCCUCUUCAGCCCUGUCCUAGUCCCUGCUGCUCUUCUUAUGGGGCUUGCUGUCACCGGGUUCCUCUCCUCUGGCGCGUUUGGUCUCACGGGCCUGUCUUCGCUGUCUCGUGUCGUGGGGUAUAUUCGACAGGCGGGGCGUAGAAUGCCUGAUGAUUUGGAUUAUGCUAAGCGUCGUGUGGCGGAUAUGGCGGCGUUUGCGGGACAGAAGACGAAGGAUGUGGGACAGACUAUUGAGAGUAAGGCUCGUGAAAGUGGGACUCAUACCACUAGUGGUGGUACUACUGCUACUACUAGGACUUGAAAAUGAGGAGCAUGCAUGCAACGAGUUUUUAUGUUGAUGAUGAGUUAGUUUCCUUGGUUGGGUUUUGCAGGGUGUAAAUUAAAUUUUCAGUUUGUAACGUUGUUGUUCAUGUUAUAACUUUUUAUGGGUUAUUGAAUAAUUUUAUGAUUCCAAUGUAAUGUUUAUGCUCGAGUAUGAUCAAGUACCUGCCUUUUUGUUCAUUU